GCGCGUUGUGGGCAACAUGGAGUAGGUGCAGCCGGACCAGGAGUGGGCUCUGUCUCUCCUCAGGCCUCCCUUUCUCUAACCCCGCAGGUUCCCCGCGGGGAUCCAGGGAGCUGCCUGCGGAGCUGCCCUUGAUCCGAGCUCGGCCUGCCUCGGCGGGGGCUGCAGUGCGCGCCGGGCGCGGUGUCGUCCCCAGCCCCAGGACCCCACGCGCCCGCGCUCUGGGGGGUUGGGGUGGCGGACUGCUCGUCGCGGGUCGGCUGCUGGCCCUGCCUUGGCCGCGAAGUCGGCGCAGAGAGCGGGAGAGGGAGGGGGAAACACUUUGUGUUUUCCAGGUCCCCGUCGUAGGCGCCCGCAUUUCUAACCUGUUCUUCUCCAGGGAAGGAAUUCAGAUGUGUUCUAAGCCCGCUGGAGUGACCACACUUCCCAGACCUGAUGGAGGCCAGAGCUCAGAGUGGCAGCGGGUCCCAGUCCUUGCUGCAGGCGUCCCGUGACAUUGGCCGGCAGCGUGGGGAGCCCGACCCCAGAGAUGCCCUCACCCAGCAGGUACACGUGUUGUCUCUGGAUCAGAUCAGAGCCAUCCGAAACACCAAUGAGUACACAGAGGGGCCUACUGUGGUCCCACGACCUGGGCUCAAGCCUGCUCCUCGCCCCUCUGCUCAGCACAAACAGGAGAGGCUCCACGGUCUGCCCGAGCACCGCCAGCCUCCCAGGCUCCAGCAACCACAGGUCCAUUCUUCUGCACGAGCCCCUCUGUCCAGGUCCAUCAGCACAGUCAGCUCGGGGUCUCGGAGCAGUACAAGGACAAGUAACAGCAGCAGUUCCUCUGAACAGAGACUGUUAGGACCAUCUUUCUCCUCGGGGCCUGUUGCUGAUGGGAUAAUCCGUGUGCAGCCCAAAUCCGAGCUCAAGCCAGGUGAGCUUAAGCCCCUGAGCAAGGAAGAUUUGGGCCUGCAUGCCUACAGGUGUGAGGACUGUGGCAAGUGCAAGUGCAAGGAGUGCACCUACCCUAGGCCGCUGCCAUCAGACUGGAUCUGCGACAAGCAGUGCCUUUGCUCAGCCCAAAACGUGAUUGACUAUGGGACUUGUGUGUGCUGUGUGAAAGGUCUCUUCUAUCACUGUUCUAAUGAUGACGAGGACAACUGUGCCGACAACCCGUGUUCUUGCAGCCAGUCUCACUGUUGUACACGUUGGUCUGCCAUGGGCGUCAUGUCCCUCUUUUUGCCUUGUUUAUGGUGUUAUCUUCCAGCCAAGGGUUGCCUUAAAUUGUGCCAGGGGUGUUAUGACCGGGUUAACAGGCCUGGAUGCCGCUGUAAAAACUCAAACACAGUGUGCUGCAAAGUUCCCACUGUCCCACCCAGGAACUUUGAAAAACCAACAUAGCACCAUGAAUCAGGAAUAUGACAGUAAUAAGGAUUGUUCCUUUUUUUUUUUUUUUUAACACAUAUGCAACCAACUAAAUAGUUAUAAUCUUGGCACUGUUAAUAGAGGGUUGGGAUAUCCUUCGCUGUUUGCAGUGAAAUGCUUUUUGUCCAUGUGCCAUUUUAACUGAUACGCUUGUUAGAACUUAGCUAAUGGAGCUCAGAGUUUGGGAUAAGGAACUUGGGGACCCACGUGUUGCAUAAGCUAAAAGCAACAGACACUCCUAGGUAAAGUUUUUGUUUGUGAAUAGUACUUGCAAAAUUUGUAAAUUAGCCAAUGACUUUUUUUCCAUUGUUUUCUCCAGAGAUAAUGUGCUAUAUUUUUGUAUAUACAGUAAUAUUUGCAACUGUGAAAAACAAGUUGUGCUAUACUAUAUGGCACAGUCACAAAAUAUUAUACUAAUAUGUUGUACAUUCGGAAGAAUGUGAAUCAAUCAGUAUGUUUUUAGAUUGUAUUUUGCCUUACAGAAAGCCUUUAUUGUAAGACUCUGAUUUCUCUUUGGACUUCAUGUAUAUUGUACAGUUACAGUAAAAUUCAACCUUUAUUUUCUAAUUUUUUCAACAUAUUGUUUAGUGUAAAGAAUAUUUAUUUGAAGUUUUAUUAUUUUAUAAAAAAGAAUAUUUAUUUUAAGAGGCAUCUUACAAAUUUUGCCCCUUUUAUGAGGAUGUGCUAGUUGCUGCAAAAGAGGGGUUACAGAUGCAUAUGUUCAAUAUAAAAUAGAAAAUAUAUUAACGUUUGAAAUUAAA